AUGACGGUUGCGCAAUACUCCGGUGGCGCUCACGGCCCCAUGGUCAUACAUGGGCCGAAACACGAGGAUUACGACAUCGACAUCGGCCCCAUCAUUCUCGAGGAUUGGUUCCACGCUGACUACUAUACCCUUGUUGAAGGCACUAUGAACGGCCAAUUCCCGCCCUCCAACAACAAUCUCAUCAAUGGAAGAAUGAAUUACCCAUGUGCCAAUACGACCUUGCCUUGCACGCCUAAUGCAGGUAUCUCUAAGUUCAAAUUCCAGUCCGGAAAGAAGCAUCUACUACGCCUCAUCAACACAGGCGCUGAAGGCAACCAGAAGUUCAGCAUCGAUGGGCACAAACUGAAAGUCAUCGCCGUAGACUACAUCCCGGUCGAGCCGUACACGACCAACGUCGUCACGCUUGCUGUCGGUCAGCGCACUGAUGUUAUAGUCGAAGCUACCGGCAAGCCUAGCGAUACCUUCUGGAUGCGCUCUCAACUUGCUCAAGGCUUUCGCUGCACACUCACCGACGGCAUCUCACCCAACGCUCUUGCGGCAGUAUACUACGAGAAUGCCAGUACCGACGCUAUCCCCAAGUCUACCUCUGAUGUCACGAAGGAACAACUCGAGCAAUGCAAGAACGACCCCAUCACCCAGGGUAUCCCGCUGUGUAAGGUCCCAUUGGAAGAGCCUGACCAUGUCGAACGUGUGGACUUUGACUUCCGCUCCAAUGGCACCAACUUCAUCUGGUAUCUCAACAACAGCACCUACCACGGCAACUACAACAAGCCCACUCUUCUGAAAGCAAAGCGUAAUGAGUCGGACUUCAACCCUGAAUGGAACGUGUACCAAUUCCCCGGUGCGAAGCAUGUCCGCAUCCACAUGGUCAACCACGGUCUCAUUGGCGGCCAUCCCAUGCAUUUACACGGCCAUGACUACCACAUCCUGGCUGAAGGUUUCGGCGAGUGGGAUGGCGUUGUGACAAAUCCAGAGAAUACGCUACGCCGCGAUGUCCACCAGAUGCAGAAUGCACGAAACACCACCGGCACGGUUGAGCCUUCGUACCUGGUGCUACAAUUCGUGCAGGACAAUCCAGGUGCAUGGCCGCUGCAUUGCCAUCUCGCUUGGCACGUUAGUGGAGGGCUUUUCAUGCAGAUCUUGGAGAGACCAGAGGAAAUCCAGAAGCAGAUAUUUGGGGAUGAGCAGUUUCAACUUUGCAAUGAUUGGGAUGCUUAUACUUCUGAAGUGGUCCUCAAUCAGAUCGAUUCGGGGUUGUAA